CAAGUGACCAGCAAGCCGCUUUGGAUGAAGAGAGUGCAAAGUGAAAUCAUUCCGCGAAGGAGAGACGCAACUUUGGUGGCAGCUUCGCUAACCCGUUCAUCACCAACAAGGAUUUGAAUGCGUGUGAUACAUAUUUUUUUUUUGUGCGUGUGAGAGAGAGAAGAAGAAGAAGAGAGAGUGCCAGCUAAUUAGGAUGAGAGUUCAAGUCAACUGAGCCGGCAGAUUGGACCUCUAAAGCCUCUUAACGCAGGUGGUGGGCGGAAAACAGCGCAAAGGGGAGUGUGUUUAUGUGUAGUGUGUGUUUAUGUGCAUGUGUCACUCCCAGUGGGGGGAUACACUCUGGACACGAGGGGAGUGAUCAGGUGUGUUUGGGUGGAUGUAAGUGGGGAUAAUACCAGAGGGGAAACAGAGGUAGUGAUGGUUUCUUUGACCAGGGCGCGAUGAAGAGGCUCUGUGGGAGGUUCAGGGUUUGACACGGGUGAAGAAGAAGAGGAGGAGAGCUGGGAAGACGGACGGACGCAGGGAGCAAGGAGGAGGAGGAAGGGGAGGACACCAGCAUCGCCAAAGCGCACGACCGGCUCCCCAGUCCCUUGACGCAGGGAUGGAAGGCGCGAGAGCGCACGGGGAAACUCGGCUCCACAGCAGAGAAAAGAGGGUAAAGAUCCCUGGAUCACCGGCCAUGAUGAGUGACCCAACCCGGGGACACCUCCAUCUGCAGCGUGCUGUGAUUUUUCUCCUCGCGCUCACGAUACAACCACAGGCGGUGUGUGCUGGCGGGGCGUUCGAGCUCCAGAUCCGUCACUUCAGAAAUACGCAUGGACUCCUGCAGAAUGGAGAAUGCUGUGACCUCCCGGCCAAUGGGGGGCAGCGUUGCUCAGCCAGGGACCAAUGUGACACUUACUUCAAAGCCUGCCUUAAAGAGUACCAGGUCCGGGUUGCCCCUACAGGAACCUGCACCUUUGGGUCAAGUAGCACAGGGAUCCUGGGUGGAAAUUCUCAGUCGCUCCAUCACAGAGGACACGAAGGAGGAGGAGGAGAGGAUGGGACUAAUGGACACAUUGUCAUUCCUUUCAAGUACGCCUGGCCAAAGUCCUUCUCUCUUGUGUUGGAGGCUUAUGACUACGACAACGACACAUCUGAGCCAGGUCAGUUAAUCGAGCAAGUCCUCCUCUCGUCCAUGUUGAACCCCAGUGAACAGUGGCAGACGUACCGCCACCAUGGGCGCAUCCUGAGUCUGGAGUAUCAGCUUCGCUUCCGCUGUGAUUCCAAUUAUUAUGGACCUUUCUGUAACAAGUUCUGCAGAGCCCGCAAUGACUUCUUUGGUCACUUUAACUGCGACACUAGUGGCUCCAAAGUCUGCAUGGAGGGCUGGACGGGACCAGAGUGCAAAGAGGCAAUGUGCAAGCAGGGAUGCCAUCAGGUCCAUGGCUCCUGUACUGAGCCUGGAGAAUGCAAGUGUCAUUAUGGCUGGCAGGGCCCUCUGUGUGAUCAGUGUGUGACCUUCCCUGGUUGUGUGUACGGCAGCUGCACCGAGCCCUGGCAGUGCGUGUGUGACAUCAACUGGGGAGGACUGCUGUGUGACAAAGAUCUGAACUACUGUGGCACCCACCAGCCCUGUAAGAAUGGAGGCACUUGUACCAACACAGAGCCAAACGAGUACCAGUGUGAGUGCCAGGAAGGGUUUAAAGGACGCAACUGUAACAUUGUGGAACAUGCGUGUUUGUCGUCCCCAUGUUUGAAUGGAGCUACCUGUGUAGAAGACCCAACAGGCUUCAGCUGCAACUGUCCUGAUGGCUGGACCGGACAGACGUGUGCCGAUGCGGUGAGGCAGUGUGAUCGGAGCCCCUGCGGACGUGGAGCGACGUGUGAAGAGACUCCUGGUGGAUACCGAUGCCUCUGCCCACUGGGGUGGACUGGUCGAACGUGCCAGCUGGACACCAAUGAGUGUGAAAUGAGUAUAUGUGUCCACGCCCGCUCUUGCCGCAACCUGAUCGGCGGAUACCUGUGUGACUGCCUUCCUGGAUGGACAGGAGCCAACUGUGACAUCAGAAACAGCAGCUGUCAGGGUUUGUGUUUGAACGGAGGACAGUGUGAGGACCAGGCGUCAGCAUCCAGAUGUUUGUGUCCACCUGGUUUCUCUGGGAAAUAUUGCCAAAAUCGUCCAAAUGCCUGUGACAGCGCCCCCUGUCUGCAUGGAGGGCAGUGUGUGGAGACAGAAGGACAGACUGUUACCUGUAACUGUCCCCCUGGAUAUUCAGGAACCUUCUGUGAGAUGCCUUUGGAUCCAUGCAAUCCCAACCCCUGUCAGCUGGGGGUGUCCUGUCACAGCAUAGAGGGCAGAUACAUAUGUGCCUGUCCCGAGGGUUACUAUGGCAACGAGUGCAUGAGCCUUAAAAAUCCUUGCAUUGGUCAACACUGUCCAGGAGCAAUGUCUGACACAACGCACCGAGGCAUCAGCUUCUACAUCAUCCUGGUGGGCGUCUUGGCUUUAGUGACAGUGUGUGUCUGUGCAGCCUGUGCCUUUAUCCUCUCCCACUUUCAUCGAAAGCGGAAAAAGGAGCAGACCGUCCCACAGGAAGAGGGCAUCAACAACCAGCGGGAGUUUGUCAACCUCAUCAGGAACGUGGACCGUCCCGCGCCCCUCCUGCCCCCUGCUGUCCCAUCCUCACAUCCUCCGGUCCCUCCCCCUGUCACACGGUGCUACGAGGAGAUUGAACUCACCCUGCCACCCUCCCCUGCACCCUCGCACCCGUCUCCAGCACUGAAACCUGCCCACGCUACCAAACUGGACAUUUCAAACCGAGAGAGGGAGAAGUUGAACCGCUUCCACUGCACAGACAACCAGGAAGUGGAAGCUUGACCCUGAAAAGAAGGACUUUUUUCUAACUUUAUUUAGCGAUUGUCGCUAACAGAGACUUUUUCCCAGUUUCUUGCACUGUGUCAUAGUGGCAGUCAUGAAAAUGGAGAUACUGAGACACUUUAGCGCUCAGAUGAAUGAAGGCUGCUACAUAGUAGGAUUAGAAGUCUUACUGUGUUUUCUAAAAAUAUGAGACACAGCAGGGGCGUGAUGUCUGAGCAAAACACUCAUCCUGACUCUUGUUAUUUGGAGACUUAUAGACUUGCCUUGGAGUGCCUGAGAUACUGUCAAGAAGAAAAAAAGAGGCUCAUCCUCUGCAGGAAUGUGUUGCCCUCUGAUCAGUGUUCAGACCUCCAUCUCUGCUUUAGACUGACAGACUGAGAUUCAUGAGUGGAUGCUUAUUUAACACUGUAUGUGUGUGUGACUGUGAAAACAGAGAUUGUUUUACUGAGUGUAUGUGUUGAAAAAAGAAAGGAUAAAGGCAGUUUACUAAAGAAAAGAACGCGAAAAUUAUACAUGUCAAAAAAGAGGAAACUUCUGCUCCUAAAGGUUUUCAAGCGUUUGGAAAACUGUUUUUAAAACUAUACACUGUUGCCUAUUGUCUCUGUCAUACUACGGUUUGUUAAAGAUGUAUGAUUUUUUUUUCAUACCUGUGUGUAAAAUAGCUUUUUGUACAUGGAUAUAUUGUACAUAUUGAUGCCCUUUUUGUACUGUGGUUUGGUCUCAAAGUAUCACUGUAUUACUGUGCUCAGUUUGUCCCUUCUCACUUUCUAUUUGGAGCAACCAGCACAUGUGGAUCGUAAUAAAAGUGCAUUUACCAAUUAUA